AUGAUUUCUGGGUAUGCCCGAAGUGGAGGAAAAUCGGAAGCUGUUGAACUCUUGCGUGGUAUGGCAGAGAAGAAUUUGUUUUCUUGGACGGCUUUGAUAUCUGGGUUGGUACAGAGUGGACAAUGGAUUGAUGGGUUUAAUCUCUUCAUUGAAAUGAGGAGAGCAGGGGUUGAUAUUGUAGACCCUUUUAUUCUUUCAAGCAUUAUUGGAGCCUCAACUAAUUUAGCAGCAUUGGAGCUUGGAAAACAGAUUCAUUGCUUAGUUUUAUCUCUUGGUUAUGAAUCUAGUUUAUUUGUUAGUAAUGCACUUGUUGAUAUAUAUGCUAAAUGUAGUGACAUACUAGUAGCAAAGACCAUUUUGGAUACUAUGUGCCGAAGAGAUAUAGUUUCUUGGACUUCAAUUAUAGUUGGGAUGGCCCAGCAUGGACAAGCAAACGAAUCAUUAUCUCUGCAUGAUGAGAAUUUCAGUAUUAUGGAGAUCCAGGUAGAUUUCAGCAAAUCAUCACAAAUCUCAUGGGUAAUUCAAUCAAGGUAA